AUGAUUGACGACGAAUCAAGCCGUUUAAAACAUUUUCUAUGGGAAGAAUUAGAUGAAAAUUUUCUUAUUGCAGUAAUAUUUCGCUCAGGUCGUCGUUACGUUGUUCAACGUCAUUUUGAACAACAAUUAUUAGAUAUAAAAUCUUCAUUAUUACAAAAUAAAUGGCGUCGUUGUUUAUUAGAUGUUAUUACCAGAUCUUCAUCACCUAUUUAUAUAACAUUGAAUGAAGUUGAAUUAAUGCAUGAAAUUUAUUCGUGGCAUUUAAAUUAUGCAAAUAAUUAUAUAAAACUUCGAGAAAAUAUUGAUUAUGUUAUUGAUUUUGAAAAUUUAAUUGAUUGUUUUAAUUCACUAGGCUUAGUUGAUAAUAGUAAUUAUUUACAAUCAUUUAUGAUACAACCAGUUACAACAUUAGAUGAAGCAAGAAAAAAUAUUGAAAAAUGGAAAAAUUUACAAGAAACUAUUAAUGAAAAUAAUACACAUCAGCAGACUAUAGAUAAACGAGUUAAUAGAAAAAAACCAAAAACAUCGACUAUAACUUCCACUGAAUCAAUACCACUAUGUGAUCAAUCUUCCACAACCGGUUGGCUACAAUUAGAUUCAAAAAUAGUACCAUUUAUAAAAAAACAAUGUGAUCGUCUUCUUUCAGUUGAUUAUCUUCUUAAAGAACAUAUCAUAAGUUCAUCAGAGGAUUUUUCUUUACGUCCAUUAUAUAUACCAAUUGAACAUGAUGAUAUUUGUACAUUUAAUACAUUAAUUCGUCAAUCAUCAUCAUCAUUAUUAUUUAAUAGUAUUUUAACCAAGCAUUCAUCAUUAAUUACACUUGAUCAUUUAAUAUUUCGUUUAAAACGUUUAUUUUUUAUUCGAUUUCUUUCAUCACCAAUAAAUAAUGAUUAUAUUGAUUAUCAUAAAAUAAUGUCAUUUCAUGGUGGUUUAUUAACAAUAAUAGAUUCAAAAAAACAACAUCUACCAUUUAUUUAUAUAAAUAAAAUAAAAUAUAUACCACAGUUAAAUAAUUUAAAUUCUUUAUCAAUAGCAACAUUUUGUAUAGCAAAUAAAUAUGAAUUAGAAUAUUUACGUUUAAUAUCUCUCUAUGAUUAUUUAGCAUCAGAUGAAAAUGAUGAUAUUCUAAAAAUUUUAUUAACAACUAAUAAUUUAACAUUAAUACCAAUUGAUUAUUAUUGUGAACAAAAUUUACAAACAACAAUAUCAUUAAAUGAUUUUCAUUAUCAUGAAUAUCAAAGACGAACUCAACAACAGAAAAAUCUCAGUAAUUAUGACGAUAAUCAAUCAUCAUUAAGUGGAUGGUGGCAACCUCCAGCAUCAUCAACUUCAUCGAAACAAAAAAGACCUUUAUCUCAUUUUAAAUUACAGCGACCUAUUUUCUUUUAA